UGGACCGCGACGCUGGACCCAUUUGAAUUGAGAAACGGAACCAAAUUUUGAGACCUGGAUCGAUGAUGCCGCAGGUAGACUCGGAACUGAUGACAACAACGUUGCAGACCACGGCACGAUGGCACCGCUGACCAUCUUCUUGACGACUUGGAAUACCGGUCUGCAAGGAUCCAAAGCUCAAGAGCAGGAUCUCACUUCAUGGCUGCUCCCGGUGCUUCAUCGAACGGCCAAUGAUCCAGAGUUGCCAAAGGGAGCUGUGCCGGAUAUUUAUGCCAUUGCCGUGCAGGAAUUGUUACCGGUGCAUCUCGCUCUCGCUGGACUCUCUGGGACCGUCCUGCUUGCUUUGACAGACCGCAUAGUCUCUCUUCUUUCUGCUCACGCCAAAUCGCUGUCGGGAUCACAAGAGACUUACAGGCUUGUCUCCAGAGUAGCUCACGGUGGCAAUGCACUAUGGGUCUUCGCAAGGGAAUCGACCACCCGAGGGAGGAUAGGCAAGCCUCUCACCUCAACUCUGGGACUUUACUGGUUCGGUUUGUCCAACAAAGGCGCAGUGGGUGUUCGAGUACCUGUCCAAAGGAGCGACAAGGGCCAAUGGGAGAACUUGACAUUCGUCUGCGCUCAUCUCGAAGCAUUUGAUCACAAUGUCCCGAGAAGGAAUUCUCAGUAUCGACAUAUACUCACGUCGCUCGUCUUUCAGGGUUCUGACCCACUGGUCAAGCCUGCUCAAGUCUUCGAGACCUCCCAUCUUUUCGUCAUGGGAGAUUUGAACUAUCGCUUGACGCAUCUGCCGGGUGGUGCCUAUCCUGAUGAAGAAGGGGAAGGUGUGCAGGCGGAGAAGGAGAGGGCUAAGCUUGUCGAAGUAGACACGUUGAAGCGAGAGCAGAAGAUGGGAAGAGCAUUCGGAGGAUUGAGGGAAGGAGACUUGACAAAGUUCAUUCCAACCUACAAGCGGAUCGUAGGCAAGGUGAAUGGUUUCAGUCGCAAACGUAUACCGGGCUAUACUGACAGAAUUCUGUUUGCCUCUCACGACGACACACCUUCAUCCUCAUCCACCGUCAUAAAGCAUUUCGGUUCCACACCGCAGACAACUCUGUCAGAUCAUAAACCUGUACACGCCGUCCUGGAGCUCCCCGAGCCCAGUCACUCGGCUGCAUCUCCUCACCUUGCCCCAAUCCUCUCGCAACCUCCUCCGCCACAUCCCCACUGGCCUUUAGCUACCCCUCAUGAGCAGCGGAUAGUGCAAAAAAUCAUCGGACAAAUCCUGGACAAGCUGAUAGGCUGGCCGUGGUGUAUUCUGGUUCUGCUCGGGUUUGGGAACACUCGGGCAGGAAUGGGUGUGGGCGCUUUCGCAGCGAUGAUCUGGGGUGUUUGGUGGAGUGGAUCUUGGGUUAGGUGAAUGAUUAAAGGGGACGAACUCGGAUUCUCUUGGAAGGCUGAGACUUGUGCAUUAUCUACUGUAGCACUUGGUAUUGCAGCUGUAUGUACACUCUAAUUGGGUAUCUCUAUGGGCUCGGCCUCUUAUAGAUGUAGAUAUAGAGAGGAGUGUCAGAUUUUAC